GUUUGGUGCGCCGUCCGUGGGCCGACAUCUUUGUGCGCGCGUGGUCAUAUUGUUCUCGACAUCCAGCUGCAUUGCGCGAAACACGACUUCAGGAAGUGCCUCACUCAACCCUUGCCCCACGCAUCCCCGCUAGGAACGGCAAUUAGGCCAGCUGCAAAGACAAUUUGUUGCUUCCACCUCGCCCUCCCCUCCAACCUCUCUUCCUCGACAUUGGUCUGCUCUUGACAUUCCUACAUCCUCUCAAACACUCAAUACACAGUCGUCGAAAUGGCAACCAACGGAACCGCGCCUCACGCUGGCCCAAAGGGCACCUUCCUCUUCACAUCCGAGUCCGUCGGCCGUGGUCACCCAGACAAGAUCGCUGAUCAAGUCUCCGAUGCCGUGCUCGAUGCCUGCUUGGCCGAGGACCCCGCGUCCAAGGUAGCUUGCGAGACUGCCACCAAGACCGGUAUGGUCAUGGUCUUUGGCGAGAUCACCACCAAGACCCGCCUCGACUACCAAAAGGUCAUCCGCGAGGCCAUAAAGGACAUUGGCUACGAUGACUCCGCCAAGGGCUUCGACUACAAGACUUGCAACGUGCUCGUUGCCAUCGAAGAGCAGAGUCCCGAUAUCGCACAAGGUCUCCACUACGAGGAGGUCCUCGAGAAGCUCGGUGCUGGUGACCAGGGUAUCAUGUUCGGUUAUGCCACCGACGAGACACCUGAGCUGCUGCCAUUGACCAUUCUCCUCGCACACAAGCUCAACUCCCGCAUGGAGGAGGCCCGCAAGAGCGGCGAGCUGCCAUGGCUCAGGCCUGACACCAAGACUCAAGUCACUGUUGAGUACGAGCACGACAACGGAGCUGUCGUUCCAAAGCGUGUCGACACCGUCGUCGUCUCUGCUCAGCAUGCCGAGACCAUCAGCACUGAGGAGCUCCGCAAGGAGAUCCUCGAGAAGGUUAUCAAGGUCGCUAUCCCAUCAAACCUUUUGGACGACAAGACCGUCUACCACAUUCAACCUUCCGGACUCUUCAUCAUCGGUGGCCCACAGGGUGACGCCGGUCUCACCGGUCGUAAGAUCAUUGUCGACACCUACGGUGGCUGGGGUGCCCACGGAGGUGGUGCGUUCUCUGGCAAGGACUACAGCAAGGUCGACCGAUCCGCUGCCUACCUCGCCCGAUGGGUCGCCAAGUCCAUUGUCAAGGCCGGCCUCGCUCGCCGUGCCCUCGUCCAGUUCUCGUAUGCCAUUGGUGUCGCCGAGCCUCUCUCCAUCUUCGUCGAGACCUACGGUACCUCUACCAAGACCUCGGACGAGCUUGUCGCGAUUGUUAGGAACAACUUCGACAUGCGUCCUGGUGUUAUUGUCCAGGAGCUCGACCUCGCUAAGCCAAUCUACCGCGAGACGGCUAAGAACGGUCACUUCACCAACCAGAACUUCUCUUGGGAGAAGCCAAAGGCUCUCAAGUUCUAAGCAGCAGCAGCAGCAGAAUUUGCGACCUGAACACAGAGCAUGCACCCUUGUGGCGCAGCUUGCAUAACAUUCAGGCCCGAGAAUAACAACUCGAAGCUCGGACAGAGACGGCGUUUUUGGCGGAAAACAUAUGGCGGGAUUUAUGUGUUACAAUAGAGCAAAAAGUUUCACGGAGAGCGAUGAUACCCACAAGCCCUGCUCAGGCGAUGGACGUUUUGACAUUCAACAUAGACCGACGGGCAGGCAGAUGGCAUCUGAGAUUAGCGUAGGCGUUCAGGAGAUGACUUCAACUACAUCUCGAGGAGCGCGACACUAUCAACAACGCGCUCGAUAGGAACGAAAUGGAUUGCAAUUUUGCAAAGCCA